AUGUCGUCUCAAGCCAGCUCUGAACCCCUCCAAACUUACGAGAUAUCCGACUUUAAGUUCCAAAAUGGCUCUACACUACCAAACCUCAAAGUGGCUUACAAGAUCCUCAACCCGCACAACAGCAAGAUAGCAGUUGUUCACACGUGCUUCAAGGGCCGUAUGGACACAACCCUCACGCACGCUGACGCCGCUCUGAAGAACCAUAAGAUCAUCCUCAUCGCCCUUCUUGGCAAUGGCGAAUCUUCUAGUCCGUCAAACACGCCCAGCUUUCCCACUACCAUCGAAUACAUGGACUGCAUCAACGCUCAGUACCCUCUCCUUACCCAAGAACUUGGUAUCAAAGAAGUGGACGUCAUGCUAGGAUUCUCGAUGGGGGGCCAGAUCACUUAUCAUUGGAUAACUACUCAUCCUGAUUUCGUCAAGCACGCCGUAAUCGUCUGCUCGUCUGCCCAAACAAGCAGACACAACUACCAGUUCCUCGAGGGGCCAAAAGCAGCACUGGAGAAUGCAAAGAGCCCCGACACGGGUCGUAGGGCAUUCGCAAAAGCGUACUCGGCAUGGUUAACAAGCGCCGAAUGGUUCGAUGAAGAAUGUUACAAAGCAAUGGGCUUCCAGCAACUGCGGGACUGGGACGAUAACGUCACGAUACAAAGCUAUGAAAGCUGGAGUGGUGACGAUCUCAAGGUUAUGUUGGGAAUGUGGCAGCGUGGGGACAUCACUCGAUGCACCCAGGCAGGAGACCUUGAGUCGGCACUAAAAAGCAUCAAGGCAAAAGUUUUGCUGAUGCCCUGUGAAACAGACCAGUAUUUCCGGCCAUAUGUUAGCGAGAGAGAAGCCAAGAGUUUGGAAGAUGUAACGGUGGAGAUUAUCCCCAGUAUCUGGGGACAUAUUGGAGGUGGCGGGGCGAACCCGAAAGAUGUGGACUGGAUGGAUCAUCGCAUCAAGCUGUUUUUGCGGGGUUUGGUCUGA